CAAAAACUAAGAUGUAAAAAAAUAACUGCACCCUUGGAGCGGGAGAAGUUCCAAAUGUCACGUGACUAAUAUGCCCUCCGGCGCCCGGUAUAUAGGGCCUUGCGGCGCCCUGUUUUCACCGGCGUCCUCAUUUUGGCCGUUCUCUGACUCUGUGGUGGGAUAGGUAUUUUACAGAGAAACAGGAUGGAUGAGGAUGGGCUACGGCAGAGGCAAACAGGCGCUGCCAGAGAUGAUACUGAGCCACUCCUACACUCAAGGACUCAGGCCAGACAGCCAAUGUCAUUUUGGGAAUCCAUCAAGGCCAGCAUGGUGCUAUCUCUUGUAGGGAUAGCUAUCUUCUUUGGUGGUAUCGGACUGCAGUUUUGGAAUGAGGGUCGGGCGGUGGAGCGCGCCAAGGCGCUGUCGGAGGGUCUGAGCAGCGCUGUGCCGCUGAGCGCCCCGCAGCGGCCACUGCCAGAGAACGACGGCCGCCUGGUGCACUUCACGGCGCAGCUGGAGGUGCCGCAACCGCUGACCGAGCCGCGCUACGGCGUGGCCGUGGCCGCCGUCAAGCUGAAGCGGCGCGUCCAGAUGUACCAGUGGGUGGAAGAACAGAGCAGCAGGACAGUGGAAACGGCCGAUGGACAACAAGUGGAGACGUCGUACAAUUACUACAAAACAUGGAAAGACAAACUGGUGGACAGUUCGUCGUUCAACUCGCCGUUCAAUCACGAAAACCCAAAGACGAUGCCGCUCGAGUCGCGGAUCCAGGAGGCGCCCGUGGCGCACCUGGCCGGUUUUCUGGUGACCGAGGAGCUGCGCCAGCUGCUGACGCGCUUCACGGUGUUCGCCUCUGACGAGCGACCGGCCGACCGGAGCAUCAAGCUGCACGGCGACAUCUUCUACCACUGCGACAACAUCGAGUCGCCUGCGGUGGGCGACAUCCGCGUCCAGUUCGCCUACGCCGGGAAGUCGGGAGACACGACCCGCUGAAGAUGCCGUUCGAGCUGCUGCGGCAGCCGCUGCACUUUAUGCCGGACCAGGCGGCGGCGCCCCAGUGGCUGCGAGACGCCAACGCGGAGAUCGCGGCUGCCGACGGGUUCGUGGUGGUGACGCCCGAGUACAACUGCUCGCUGCCGCCGGCGCUGGUCAACAUGCUCGACCACUUCCCGCCGGCCUCCUUCCGACACCGGCCCGUCGGCAUCGCCUGCUACUCGCUCGGU